UCACGUGUCUGGUGGCUCUGACAGAAGCGUCUCAGUUCCCAUGACAACCGAACCGAAAUAUGCCAACCACGCUUUGUAGUCAUUGAUCAUUGCUUUCUUAGUGCCAUGGUGGUUUAUAUGGCAUCCUAUCAAUAUCUAGGGCUUAAUGAUAGACGAAGUAGAGGGUAAUGGACGUGAGGUGGCAGAGACGGCGGCCGAGGUGUGUGUGGAGGAUGUCAGGUUGUCAACAAACACGCACGGAGGGGGCGGGGCGGGACGCAAGGGUGGCCUGUGCUCUGCUGGACUGGCAUGGACCUUCACCGUCACCACCACCACCACCACCACACCACCAGCACCAGCAUGAGUUAACCAGCGCCCCCCGGGACUAGGGUGGCCAUGGCGGGGUCGCGGGCGGAGCUGUGUCGCCUGUGCGGGGGCCAGGAGGGGAAGCUGCUGCACCUCCACGACACCUUCUCCACCCUGGGCACCUCCUCCACUAUCCUGCAGCUCCUCCACAGCAUCUCCGUCUUCCUCAAGGUGCAGGCUGAAUGUGAAGCACUGAUGCCCCACCACCUGUGUUGGACCUGUUUUAAUACAGCUGUCGACAUCAGUGCUUUUAUUGACUCUGGCAUCAAUUUUCAAAGGACUACUGCCAACCAUUUCCUCUCAUCUCUCAGCACCAGUAUAGAGGCAGCUCCCUGUGACCCCCUUCUGCUCCCUCUUCCAUCUUCUGGUGCAGAUGACCAGGAGAUUGUUCUUCAAGGAGAACUAGAGGAGGAACAAGAAGUGGUGUUGGGGACUGCUAGUAACAAAGCUGGAGCAUCCAUACUGGCUGUGGCAGAAGAGGAAGCAAAGCUGCAAGAGUGUUAUCCAGAACCAAAAAUUAGUUUAAAUAAAAGUUCUGAUGUUAAGAUAGAUGAAGACAAGGAUGCUAGCCUUCACUAUUUCUUUCACACUAACCAGAUGCCUGAUGAAGCAGGAGAAGCAAUCACAGUGAUAGAAGAACUUACAGAGAAAUCCCAAGAAUUUCAAGAAAGUACUAACAUUGGUAAGGAAGGAAAAGGAGACCAGCAUCAAGGGAGCAAACAGAUAUCAGAUGCUGAUAGUGAGAAAGAUGAAGACCAAGGGAGCACACAGGUAUUAAAAGAAGAGGUAAAGAAACCAAGUCCAGGUAAUGAAAGAGAGAAAUGCCCACACUGCAGUAAGACAUUCCUGAGACAGAGUCAAUUGAAAAGUCAUCUGGUGACCCACAGUGAGGCACGGCCCCACCAGUGCACUGUGUGUGGUGUGGCCUUCAAGUACCGCAGGAACCUGGUGGAGCACACCCACACCCACAGCCAACAGCCUUCUUUCAUCUGUGCUGUGUGUGGCCUCACCUUUAAGCAGAAAAGCAAUUUGCUGAAGCAUGAAAGGACCCACAGGAAGGGCAGCAAACUGAGCUACAGGUGCAAGGUCUGUGACAGCCUCUACUCCCAGUCCUCGCACCUCAAAACACACAUGAAGAAUGCUCAUGGAGAUAAUCCUGGUUUCCGUUGUGAUCAAUGCAGUGUGGUGCUACUCUGCCGCUCAUCUCUGAGGCGCCAUUUAGCAACAGUGCACGCUUCCACUACUAGGUUCACGUGCCCUCACUGCAGCAAGGGCUUCAAUAACCAGCAAAAUUACCAUGGCCAUGUGCGGAGCCACACUGGGGAGCGUCCCUACAAGUGCCUGGUGUGUCCCAAGGCUUUCACCACCCCCAAGGCCCUCAGCAGGCACCGCAUGGUUCACCGUGGCACCAAAGCUCACAAGUGUGCACAGUGUGGCAAGGCUUUCCUGGAGCUUUGUGACCUGAAGAGGCACACCAAACGACAUCUGCUGAAGAGUGCCAAGAGGGUUGCCAACCAAGAUAGUGCCACCAAUCCCCCAGAGGCCAGUGUAGAGUCCAUCAACCUCAUGGUGCUAACAGACUCACUCAUCUUCACAGAGUCUCAGCAGCUCCUUGAUAAUCCAGAGUCCAGGCCAAAUCAGGUCCUCCUACCCAAUGGGAAGCUGAAUGGCCCCAAGGAUGUUAGCAAUGAGACUGUUUUGGAGGGAGGUUCAACACCCCUGGAGCUGGAGAAAAAGCCUCAAGUAGAGGUAUUGGCCCCAGGCCCCCUGCUGCCAGCCACUCCAGACUUGGGGGCUGUCCUGGAGCCUCCAGUGAUGGGAGACAUGGCUGCUCCCCUGCACCCCAGCCAGGUGUUGCAGCCCACCACCAUUGACGCAGAGGUUGGGGCUGGUGCUUCCCAAGUAGACCUAGUACACCGUGAGUGCCCUGGAGUCCCUGUUGCUUCUGACGUCCCUACAAUGGUGGUUCUGGCUUCUGCAAGCACCCCUACAGAGUUUCUGCCUGACCCAGAGCCCAGGACUGGGGACAGGACCAGCAGCCCAGUUGGAGAUGUGGGUGAGCGAGUGCUGAGUCAUGCGACGUGGUGACCUAUGCCCCAGGGAUGAGAUGAGGCAAGUCAUGCAGUGCCACAGGCUCUUGGGGUUUCAAUGCUGUGGUCUAAUUAAUGGUGCCUCUAAAAUUAUUCUUUUCUCCCCUUCUUUUCAAAUACACAUCAAGGCCUAUGUUUUCUGGUAUGGUAUUGCAGCAAUAGCACAGCUUUUAUUUUUAUUGACCAUGGUAGAUGUUUGGUACUUUGGAAGCUAACAUUAUAUUUAGGUGUAUGCCAGUAAACCAGUAUAAAAAAAGAGAGGAAGGGGGCAACUUUUGAAAAUAUGAUGCUCCCUACUAACAUCACUGGAGCCUUAUCACCUUCACUCUCUUCUGAAUCCAUACAUGUAUGAUAUAUCUUUCUUGACAUCAAGGCAACAACUUUAGUGUUCCAGUAAACCAAUGCAAGAAUGAUGACCACAGAGUGUUUUAAAGCCUAGCCUUGGUUACACUUACCAUCAUCAUUCAAAUAUCUGUGUAUUAACCCCUUGCAUCCCAGGAAGGUCACUGUAUGGCUUGAGAGUAUCCCAGGAUGAAGGAACCACAUUAAGAAAAAAAUCCCAUGCAAGCAAUUUGAAUUAGGUGCACACAAGAGCCUGGGGAUAGAGCUUGAGUGCUGGGAUGGUGCUGUGGGGUCGAAUGUGUUGAGUACAAAGAAAAAGUUAAUAGUCUGCUCAUUGUAGGUAUGUGAUGAUUUAGUGGUUUUCAAUUAAACAAGUGUCAUUCGGUGCAUGGGUCUUCCAACAGUUCAUUUAUUAUCAUUAUCGAUUGGAGCAUUUCCUAUAAUUUGUGUGGGGAGUCAAAAUGGUAUCUUGAUAAUGAUGAUGAUAAUAAUAAUAAUAAUAAUAAUAAUAAUAAUAAUAAUAAUAAUAAUAAUAAUAAUAAUAAUAAUAAUAAUAAUACUUGCAGCAAGAAAAAGUUGGAAAUACUCUAGUCAAAGAAGAAUUACCCACCAAAAUGGACACUGUACAUCACUCACAACCCAUCUCAGCCAGAGCUGUACAGAGGUUUCAGGCUAAAAAGAGUUUGCUUCCAUUCAUGAUUCAUUUUGCCUAUUUGUUCUUCCUUUUGAACGAUUUCUCCUAAUGUAUCUGUUGUCAUCUCUCUUGGUUUCCUUUUCUUCAGAACCUACUUACACUGUCUUCCAUCAUGUCUACCCAGCUCCUUGUGGAAUGUGGGUCAUCCCUUCCUUCCUUCACCCCCAUCCUCAUUGUUGUAAGCAUUUUUCACUUUCCUUGUGCCCUCCAUUCUCUCAACAUGUCUAAGUUAGUAUGCCUUCCUAGAUAUGCUUUUCAGGUGACUUUCAUAUUCCUCACCUCUCCUUUCCUUCCUCCCACUCCUUAGUUCUACUCCUCCCCAAAACAUGUACCUCUAACCCAUUCUGGCUUCCAAGUAGCUUCUCCACUUUAAGAGUUUCAACAUUUAUUCUCAUGUGAGUUUGUAUUUUCCUUUUCCAUGACAAUAACCUUCCAUUAUAUUAUGGUGACACAGAUUUGGUGUUAUAUAACUCAGAAGAUCUCCUGACAUGUUUAGCCCUCCCGGAAAUAUAAAAGAACAGCAUCAUCUGCAUUCCUCACAUCUGAUAUAUAUAUAUAUAUAU